UCGUGUGCAUUUUGCUCUAAUUUUCCUUUUCUCUCAAACUUUCUUACACCCCAAAAUAAAAUCCUUUCAUUUAUAAUAAUCAAAUGGCUUCAUUCCAAAGCUUCAACUUUGAUACCCAAAUUCCAUCAGAGGUCCUUAUAACUCAAAUCAUGCAACUUCAUGCAAGCAUCUCCAAGCUAGAAUCCCUUAGACCUUCAAAACAAGUCAAUAGCCUCUUCACUAACCUAGUGAAACUAUGCAUCCUCCCUUCAUCCAUUGAAAUUGAGUCUUUACCCCAAGAUGUGAAGAUAGCUCGCGAGAGCCUCAUCGACCUUUGCGGCCGCGCCGAAGGGCUCAUGGAGCUUGAGUUCUCAACUUUCAUAAGCCACACACCAAACCCUAUGAAAAACCUCAUACUCUUCCCUUACUAUGGCAACUAUGUGAAGCUAGCAAACAUGGAGAACAAGAUCCUCAAGGAUAACGGUGUGGCACAUCCAAAGAAGGUGGCCUUUGUUGGAUCAGGACCAAUGCCACUCACUUCCAUUAUAAUGGCCACACACCACAUGGAAUCAACGCACUUCGACAACUUCGACAUCGACGAGAAGGCGAACGAGGUGGCUAGGACGAUUGUGGCCUCAGAUUCAGGUCUUGAGAAGAGGAUGAAGUUUGAAACUCAUGACAUCAUGGAUGUGAAAGAGAGGCUGAGCGAAUAUGAUUGCUUAUUCUUGGCAGCACUUGUUGGAAUGUCAAGAGAAGCAAAACUGAAGAUUUUGGGACAUAUUAGGAAGUACAUGAAGGAAGGUGGUUUUUUGCUUGUGAGGAGUGCAAAGGGUGCUAGGGCUUUCUUGUACCCUAUCGUUGAAGAACAUGACAUGGUGGAUUUUGAGGUUCUUACCGUAUUUCACCCCACAAAUGAUGUUAUCAACUCGGUUGUUCUUCUUCGCAAGCCUAAAGCUUAAGCAUCAUAGCCUUUGGCGAAUGUCUUAAAUAAUGCACUGAAUUACCCUUAGUAUAACAUGUAAUCCAGUAAUUUGAUGUUAUUUAGAACAAUGUCAUUUAAAUAAUCUGAAGUACCUUUACAUAUAUAAUACACUAUUUUAAUUCGGUA